AUGGAUAAUUGGAGAAGAAUUGAUAUUGAUGCGUUAGAAACGGAUAAUCAUUUAUCAAAAGAAGACUUGAUUCCUGAUUUACCACCUAUAUCGAAUGAAGAAAUAGUUUCAUUAUCAAAGCAAUGUAGAUCGGCAUUGUCACUGGGCCAAUUCUUACAAGCAUUAACUUUAGCAUUGGACACUCCACCAUAUGUUUCAGAUGAAAAAACAAAGGAAUUACAUGCUGAAACAGUGUUUGAAGUCUUAUGUUCCAUUAAAAAUAACCACAACACGAAUGACUUGUCGAAUUUCGUCAAGCAAUUGGACUCUAACCAGCAGGAUACAUUGGUUAAAUACUUAUAUAAAAACAUGGGUACUAGUUACGGUGCUAAACAAGGUGGAUUGUUGUUGCAUUGGUUUGAAAAGACAGUUGAAGUCACCGGAUUGGGUCCAAUUGUCCGUUUCAUGGCAGAUAGAAGAACAGUUUAA